AUGUCAAUCUGCCGGCUGCAAACUCGUGCAUCGUCAAUUUUUACUACGUCGAUCCGCUUGUUUAGUUCUGCGAUUGUGAAAAGCAUGGAUAAACACGAAGUCGUCCCAGACGUGGUACCGGUUGCACCGACCGAAGUGGCCAAGGUAACGUACCCGAGCGGUGCGGUCGUGAGCGAAGGAAACGUUCUCACCCCAACCCAGGUAAAGGACGUACCGAAGGUGGAGUGGAAUGCGGAAAGUGGCGCCAUGUACACGCUCUGCAUGACCGAUCCGGACGCACCGAGCCGCAAGGAACCGACGUACCGCGAAUGGCAUCACUGGCUGGUAGGAAACAUUCCCGGAACCGACGUCUCGCAAGGAGAAACACUGUCGGCGUACGUUGGGUCGGGUCCCCCACAGGGCACCGGUCUCCACCGUUAUGUGUUUCUGGUGUACAAACAGAAUGGUAAACUAACCUUCGACGAGCCACGGCUGACCAACACUAGCGCGGACAAUCGUGGUGGAUUUGCCAUCCGCAAGUUUGCCGAGAAGUACAAGCUGGGCAACCCGGUUGCUGGAAACUUGUAUCAGGCCGAAUAUGACGAUUAUGUGCCGCUACUGUACAAGCAGCUGGGUGCAUAA